UUGAAUCGCUGCCCCCUUGAUAUACCGAACCGAACAGGGUUUUGGAACGUACCCCUGAAAUCUAUAUAAAAAAAAUUUCAUAAGCGUCAUCAGUGGCAAAAAAAAGCCCUAAAUUGUAUAAAACCUGUUCUAACCGUAGUUCACGACAUCUUCGUAUGUACAUAAAUAAUAAAUCCAUUUAAUAAACAACAGUAUCAACAAUAUAUUAAAAAAUGAGUAUAACAUUACAUACGGACCUCGGUGACAUUAAAAUUGAAUUAUUUUGUGAAUUAUGUCCAAAAACAUGCCAGAAUUUUUUGGCUCUUUGUGCAAGUGGUUACUACAACAAUUGCAAGUUUCUCCGUAAUAUCAAAGGUUUUAUAGUACAAACUGGUGAUCCUACAUCAACUGGCAAAGGUGGCACAUCGAUAUGGGACGGCAAAUUUGAAGAUGAAUUUAAAGAAGAAUUGAAACACAACGCGCGAGGACUAUUAUCGAUGGCAAACAACGGACCUAACACGAAUGGAAGUCAAUUUUUUUUUACAUACGCACCUCAGCCACAUUUGGAUCUUAAAUACACACUUUUUGGAAAAAUAAUUGAUGGACAUGAUACUCUUGAACAACUCGAAAAGCUGCCGGUCAAUCCUAAAAACUACAGACCAUUAAUAGACACACAUAUAAAUCGAGUGACAAUUCAUGCCAACCCUUUGGCAGCAUAACUAAUUAAAUUUGAUAAUAAUUUUUUCUCGAUUUGUAAUGUACUCAUAUGUUUAUAUGUACAGACGCAUUCGGAAAAAAUAAUAAUUAAAAAGCAAUCAUUGCUAUCAGUGAAAAGUAAAAAAUGCAUCAAUCGACGUUUUUUUUGUAUGCAAAAUUGUAUUUAUAUUUAUUGACAUAAUUUAUGUUUAUUGAAAUAUUUAUUAUAGUUGUAAAUUCAAAAACCGCAUCAUUGAAAAUGCAGUAGAACAAAUUGAAAACUAAUGUCAUUUUCCUCUUCCUGAUUUUUUUUUUUUUUCUAUUAUUAUUUAUAUUAUUUAUUUAUUUAUUUUUCUUUCUUAUUAUAAAAAAGACACUUGAUUGUAUUUUGUUCGUAAUCUAAUUGAUCAAAAGAAUUAAAUUUUUAGUUCAAAAAUUAAGGGUUAAAAAAGGGCUUAAAGGUACUUUCUUCAAAAUUUCACUUGCGAUGAAAUUAGGACCUAUACGUUUGUUGAAAAUUGUAGUAAUUUGUAGUGAAAAGGGUUUAAUUUGUAGUUCAAAAAUUAAGGGUGGAGGUAGGGCUAAAAUGUACUUUCUUCAGAAAUUGAAUAAAAAUAAUGCUAAAUUGGUCAAAUAGCUCCAUUAAAAUUUGAAAUAAUUUGUAGUGAAGGAGUUUUGAUUUUUAGUUCAAAAUUAGUAACAAAAAAAAAAAAAUUUUUUUUUGGAGCUAUUAUUUUAUUAAAAUUGUAUAACUCUUGUUUAUGAUAAAAACAAAAAAUUCUACAAUUGUGUUAGAUGCAGGGGGACUUGUAGAGAAUAAAAAUACUUUUUUAUUUAUCCGGUAAUCCAAAAAAAAACUACAGGUAUUUUUUUUUAUUUAUUUUUUAUUUACUCCAAAAUAUUAAAAUCUUAAUAUCUCUUUUAUCUAUGAACCAAAAUUAAAACUAAAAUAUCAGAUAGAUGUAUGAAUACUCUAGCUAAUUUGUAGUGGAGAAAU